GCCCCCGCGGCGCUCACCCCCGGGCUGGGAAGAGGGUCCCGCUCAGCCUCCGUCUGCCGCGGAGGAUGCGGAAGGCACGGCCAUGGAAAAGAAACCACACUUUGUUAGGAGGGAGUUUCUUCCCAGGGAGGUAUCCUCCAUCUCAUUGGUGUUAUUGCUUGUGGCUGUCCUGCUCCUUAAUGCCCUUCUCUACCUGUACCUCAACGAGUUUUACAGCUCUAAGGAACGUGGCGAAACAGACCCCAGCCUCUGCCCUUUUGGGUACUUCAAACUGGGAACGGUGAAGAAUUGUUCCCCGUGGCUCUCCUGUGAAGCCAUAAAUAGGGAAGUCAGGAAGCUGAAAUGUGUUGGUGAAGGCGCUGUGAAAAAGGUUUUCCUCUCGGAGUGGAAGGAAAACAAAGUGGUCCUUUCACAGCUCACCAACCCAGAGCUGAAGGAGGACUUUCUCCACGGACUGAAGAUGCUGAAAGCACUUCAGAGCAAGCACGUCGUACGGCUGCUUGGCUACUGUGAGCAGCAGUUCACAAUCCUCACCGAGUACCAUCCUCUAGGGUCUCUGAGGGGCCUGAAUGAAACUCUUCACAUCCCCAGGUACAAGGGGAUGAACACCUGGCAUCGCAGGCUGAUGCUGGCUAUAGACUAUGUGAGCAUCAUUCGGUAUCUGCACAGUAGCCCUCUGGGCACCUUAGUGAUGUGUGACUCAAAUGACCUGGACAAGGUCCUGUCUCAGUAUCUCCUAACAAGUGACUUUCAUGUCCUGGUGAAUGAUUUGGAUGCUUUGCCUCUUGUGAACAGGAGUGCUGGCAGGCUGGUGAAGUGCGGUCAUCGGGAGCUCCAGGGCGAGUUUGUAGCUCCUGAGCAGCAUUGGCCUUAUGGAGAAGAGGUGCCAUUUCAGGAUGACCUCAUGCCACCCUACGAUGAGAAAACAGACAUCUGGAAAAUCCCAGAUGUCUCCAAUUUCUUCUUGGGCCAUGUUGAAGGAAGUGACAUUGUGAGACUGCAUUUGUUUGACAUCCAUGCAGCAUGUAAGAAGAAGGACCCAGCUGAAAGGCCUUCUGCCCAAGAAGUCUUAGACACCUACAGGAAGGUUUUAACUCUGCUUAUUCGGGAGACAGCCAUGCCUGGUACUAGAGAAAUGUUAUAGUGAAUCAUGAGACAAACAACAUACUGAAGUUGAUGUCCUUCCUAUUUAUGUAGCUUGCCUGAAGGGCAAAAUCUCUGUCCCUAAAACUAAAAAGAAAAGAACAACUGAACUUGUACCUCCUGAUUAAAAAAAUAAUAAAUCCAGGCAAUGCUGGAGCUCUGUAAGCCUCCCAUUGGUCUGUUUAUCACUGGAAGAGGAGGGAGAAAAUUGAAGUUUUGUGGGUGUGUGGGGAAGUUUCUUUCUUAAGAAAUAAUAAAUUUUCUUUAGCAACAUUUACACAAAAACUCUUUAACAAAAAUACGGGAAAAGAGUUAAAAAAAGUACUACUCCACUUAAACUGCUUGGCAGAGAAGUGGAGAGCAGAGACCAUGGCACACCCCACACAAGCCUUGUGCUGAUUCCUGUGGCUUUGGCCUAUGUCUUUACCCUUAAAGCACUCACUCACUUCCACAUGGAGUAAAAGCAGUGAUCACUCAGAUGAGGGUACCCGAGUUCACUUCAGAUUUUGGUGAACCCUGAUGCCAGAGCCUCAGCAGCAGUCUCUCCCUGCUGGAUAGGGAAUAGGUUGGGUUUUGGAGCUGUACUGCCAUCGCUCUGUGGGCCCCGUAUCCCACACCAGCAAGCAUGUGGCCACUUUGUAAGCCAGCAGAUGAUGCAGAUCCUGAAUGGACUGCUUACAGACGUGUGCUCUUGGUUUUCAAGCCUUUGCCCUGUAAUAUUCUCAGAUGGGCUCUUUGGAGAUGAAGCUGUAAAACACAGCUUUAAUCCACAGAAAUCCUGAGCACUUUGGAAGAGAGAUGAAGCAUAUCUUUUUUUUCAUUCACUUCUUUGCUGAGUGGCAUCACGACUUGAUCAAAGGGAGGAAGAACAAGGAACUGAAAGAGAACAUGACUUCCUGCUAGAGCAAUGAGCAUUAAACAUGAGCUUUGGAAAAGACCUAUAUCCAGAGUAUACAACUAUUGAGUCUGAAGUGAAAGCCUAUUAAGCACAGCAAAAGGCUGCUUCAGUGUAUUUAGGAGAAAGCUUUUGAUACCUACAUGGAUGUCACAGCCUGGUACCAACAGCUGGAGAGGAAGAAUAACAGUGCCUUAACCCAGCAGUAGGCUCUGUUUGGUGGGACUGGGAUAUAUUUGUUUCUUUGGUGAAAAACACAGUACUAUUAAAUGAGAGAUGUAGACUCCUAAAAUUACAUACCUGCGGACUUUCUGUUCUGCAGACUAGGCAUCUGAAAGACCUAAGGGCUUGAGACAAUGUUCAUGUUUUGACUUGAGAGGUAAUUUGUAAGCAGAGAAGUACAUGAUACUUUCCGCUGGA